UCGGACUUGUUGUUGGUUAAAGUUUUGUUGAGAGGGAAGAGGCGGCUGUGACACGGGGAGUGUGAGUGGAUUUUGUGUCACAGAGGGUGGUAUGUUUGUACAAGUUGUGUGUCGGUGUUUUGUGCAGUUGUGAGCGGCUGAUGUGUGCGUAGUUUUGUUUCCGUUUAGUGUGUUCUGUAGUUCCGUGUACUUGUGUCCCCGUGUCCCUCCCCGGGGUGCGGCUGUGCACUGACCCGUGUCCCCCCGGUUUCUCCCGGUGGCGGGCCGCAGCUGUCUAUGAGCGCCCCCCCGGUGAUCCGGCCGCCCAGCCCCGUGGGCACCGGCCUCUCCCUGCACAUCCAGAUCGGUUUGAGUCGGGAACCCGUCCUGCUGCCAGAGCCUGGGGAGCUCAGCCUCGGGGCCGUACGGGAGAUGGCCUGCUCCAUCGUGGACCAAAAGUUUCCUGAAUGCGGCUUUUAUGGGAUGUAUGAUAAGAUUCUCCUUUUCCGCCAUGACCCAAAUUCAGAGAACAUCUUGCAGCUGGUGAAGUCUGAGGCUGAUAUCCAAGAGGGGGAUCUCAUUGAGGUGGUGCUUUCAGCCUCAGCUACUUUUGAGGAUUUCCAGAUUCGACCCCAUGCUCUGUUUGUCCACUCGUAUCGGGCUCCUGCUUUCUGUGACCACUGUGGAGAGAUGCUUUGGGGUCUGGUGAGGCAAGGCCUUAAGUGUGAGGGGUGUGGCUUAAACUACCACAAGAGAUGUGCCUUCAAGAUACCAAACAACUGCACAGGUGUCCGAAAGCGUAGACUGUCCAAUGUGUCUCUAACAGGAUUGUCAAGCAUCCGCACAGUUUCUGCAGAUCCUGUCACCUGGGCCUCAGAUGAGUCAUUACUGCAAAAAUCACCAUCUGAGUCUUUUUUGGGGCAAAAGAGGUCCAACUCCCAGUCAUAUAUUGGUCGUCCCAUCCAACUGGACAAGAUCCUCAUGUCCAAGGUGAAAGUACCUCAUACAUUUGUUAUCCACUCAUACACCCGCCCUACUGUGUGCCAGUACUGCAAGAAACUGCUGAAAGGUCUAUUUCGCCAGGGGCUGCAGUGCAAAGACUGCAAGUUCAACUGUCACAAGCGAUGUGCACCUAAAGUGCCUCAUAACUGUCUUGGAGAAGUCACAUUCAAUGGAGACCUGCUGAGUCCUGGAGCAGAAUCAGAUGUGGUGAUGGAGGAGGGAAGCGAUGACAAUGAAAAUGAUAGGAGUAGCCGGCUGAUGGAGUACAUGGAAGAGUCACUUACUUCAGACUCUGAAAACUCUAUGGCAGGAUGCCGCAAUGAAAAUGGCGAUAUGCAAGACCCUGACCAGGACCAAGACACUUCUGACCGUAUGAUAAGUCCUUCAGCCAGUAACAAUAUCCCUCUAAUGCGAGUAGUCCAGUCUGUCAAACACACAAAGAGGAAAAGCAGCAGUGUCAUGAAAGAAGGAUGGAUGGUGCAUUAUACCAGCAAAGACCCUAUGCGAAAAAGACAUUACUGGAGACUGGACAGCAAGUGUAUAACCCUUUUUCAAAAUGAUACUGGAAGCAAAUAUUACAAGGAAAUUCCACUAUCAGAAAUAUUAUGCCUCGAAUCUGCCAAAAACCUCUCCCUGCUUCCACCUGGUGCCAACCCUCACUGUUUUGAGAUCACCACUGCCAAUGUGGUAUAUUAUGUGGGGGAGAACUUGCCUCUUCCAGUGUCACCUGACUUGGGAAACGGGAUAUUGAACAGUGGAGCUGGAUUGGACACAGCUCGAAUGUGGGAAAUCGCUAUUCAGCAUGCUCUAAUGCCGGUCAAUCCAAAGGGAGCCAAUGGAGGAUGUGGCCUGCACCGUGAUGUGUCUAUCAGCAUUUCUGUGUCCAAUUCGGAGAUCCAUGAGAAUGUGGAUAUCAGUUCUGUGUAUCAGAUCUUUCCAGACGAAGUCCUUGGGUCUGGGCAGUUUGGCAUUGUAUAUGGAGGAAAGCACAGAAAGACUGGUCGAGAUGUGGCUAUAAAAAUAAUUGACAAGUUGCGAUUUCCUACUAAGCAGGAGAGUCAACUCCGUAAUGAGGUUGCAAUUCUUCAGAAUCUACAUCACAGAGGUGUGGUAAACCUAGAGUGUAUGUUUGAGACUCCUGAGCGAGUGUUUGUAGUGAUGGAAAAGCUUCAUGGGGACAUGCUUGAGAUGAUCCUAUCCAGUGAGAAGGAAGAUUACCAGAGCGCAUCACUAAAUUCUUGGUCACUCAGGUAACUACUUGAUACCACUUUAAGAGGUGAUACAGCAGUGAGUGUCUCCUGUGCACGUGAAAACCUGGGUAUAUGCCAAUCCCCAUGUAGGACAAGGACGGUCCACAGGACCUUAAAAAGUAAUGCUAUUUUAUUGGCAACAGGUUAAAAACAAAAGAAGAGAAAGGGCGCCUCCUAGUGUAGCCAGUAUAUCAAAAGGCAAUUCUCAUAAGGUAAAAUGGUACUCACAAUUUGUAAAAGCAAAGGUAAUGCCUAGGUAGACGAUCCGGGAACUUAACAGUGUCCCAGUAUACUGUGCACCAGUGCAAGGGCAGCUCCUCCUGGAAUCAA